UCCCGGAAGCGGGGGACCCCCAGCUUCCGCCCUUGCGCAGAACUCCCCUCGCGGCGCCCUCGCUCUACGGGUUGGCGCGAGAGUCAAAAGGCGUCGGCCGCCUUUGGGCAAGAUGGCCGCCGUUGAACCGUCGUGUGGGGGAACUUCGCGCCGGGAUGGCGACAUCUAGACUGAGUCGGAGGCGAACGUCCCAGCGUCCCUUCCGUCGUUUGUGUGAGCCCGGAGGGCAUGGGGAGCCCACUUCCUGGGAACAUUCUCAAGAUAAUCUACAUUGUUAUUUGUGAGCAGUGACUGACAGCAGCAGUGUUUUGAGGCCUGGCUGUUUACUUGGACCAAGUGAUUGUAUUGGCCAGGUUUUUAUGGUAUUUAGGACAUCCAGAACAAGUGGCCAGGCUUUCAGUGUUGGGGCAGGUAUGGAUGAGAAAGGUGACCCGAGCAAUGAGGACGCACCCAAGGCCAUCAAACCCACCAGUAAAGAGUUCAGGAAAACAUGGGGUUUUCGAAGGACCACCAUUGCUAAGCGGGAGGGCGCUGGGGACGCAGAGCUGGACUCUCUGGAGCAGCAGCCCCGGCAGCAACAACAAAGCCUUUCCCUGCGACGCAGUGGGAGACAGCCAAAGCGGACUGAGAGAGUGGAAGAAUUUCUCACAACAGUCCGACGCAGAGGAAGGAAGAAUGUUCCUGUCUCCCUUGAGGACUCCAGUGAGCCAACAUCUUGUCCAGUUACAGAUGUGGAAACAGCCUCUGAAGGGAGCGUAGAAAGCACCUCUGAAAUGAAAAGUGGGUCCAAGUCUGGCUCCAGGGGUGUUAAGGAACGACCAGCCUCCUCUGCAAAGGCCAAAGGAGGUGAUGAUGAGGACGACACCUCUGAUAGCGACAGUGAUGGAUUGACUUUGAAAGAACUUCAGAAUCGCCUACGAAGAAAGCGAGAACAAGAGCCUGCCAGCAGGCCCCUGAAGGGUAUCCAGAAUCGCCUGAGGAAGAAGCGUCAGGAGGAGGAUCCUGCGGAAAUUGUGGACGUGGAGGCAGGCGAUGCCGCGGGAAGCUCACUUUCUGGCACACAGGAGCCCGAGGCUGCCCAGGGGCCCGUGUCCCAGGGGGCGAAGGACGAUAGAGAGAGUCAGUUGGAAGGGAAAGCAGCUCAGGGAAUGAAAGAUGAAGAACCUGGAGCCUCGGUCAGACACAAGCCCGAGUGUGAGGUUUACGACCCCAACGCCCUGUACUGCAUGUGUCGUCAGCCCCACAACAACAGGUUUAUGAUUUGCUGUGACCGAUGUGAAGAAUGGUUUCAUGGAGACUGUGUGGGCAUUUCUGAGGCUCGAGGGAGGCUCUUGGAAAGGAACGGGGAAGAUUACAUCUGCCCAAACUGCACCAUUCUGCAAGUGCAGGAUGAGACCAGCACAGAAACCGCAGGUCAGCAGGACACGAGAGUUAGACCUGCAGAUGCUGAUGGCACAGACUUUACCAGUAUAGGAACAGUAGAGCAGAAAUGUAGCGAAGACCAAGGAAUAAAGGGUAGAAUUGAGAAAGCUGCAAACCCAAGCGGCAAGAAAAAACUCAAGAUAUUCCAGCCUGUUGUAGAGCCUCCUGGUGCCUCAAAGUGUAUUGGCCCUGGGUGUUCUAGCGUGGCGCAGCCUGACUCGGUUUACUGCAGCAAUGACUGCAUUCUAAAACAUGCUGCAGCUACCAUGAAAUUUCUAAAUUCAGGUAAAGAACAAAAACCAAAACCUAAAGAAAAGACCAAGACGAAGCCAGAAAAGCUCAUUCUUCCAAAAUGUAGUGUUCAGGCAGGCAUUAAAAUCUCUUCUGUGCACAAGAGACCAGCUCCAGACAAGAAAGAAAACACCGUGAAGAAGGCGAUGGUGGCCCCUUCUAGGAGUGAGGUCCUUAUUAAGGAAACAACUUGUGAAAGCAGCACGCCGUCCUGGGCAAGCGACCACAAUUACAAUGCAGUGAAGCCAGAACAGACUGCUGCCCCCUGGCCAUCACUGUUGUAUAAAUCCAUGAAGGAGGACAGACGCUUGGAGGAGCACACAGCCAUGGCGGCUGCAGCACCCAAGAAAAUGGCUCCUCCAGGGUCUUCGGUGGGCAGCCGACAGCCUUCGUCCAGGAAUCUAGUACCAAAGAAGCCACCUCAUUUUGCAAACAUGGCGGCAGCCAAAUCAGCUAUCAAAAAGUCGCCCUCAGGCUUCAAGGGUACCAUACCCAAGAGGCCGUGGCUCCCGGCCGCCCCCUCCAGCGGUGUUUCCGCUGCCAAGCAGGCAGGGCUGGCGCCUGUCACUACCACAGCAGCUUCUAAAAAGUUGCCGGGCUCUGCUGCUUUGGUGGGAGCCAUCAGGAAGCCGGUGGCAAGCUCUGCUCCCUUGGCCUCUACAGCCCCAGGACGCCUGGGGACCUCAAGCCCUGCCCCAUCACAGCCAAAUUCGCAAAUUCGGCAAAAUAUAAGACGCUCCCUGAAGGAGAUUUUGUGGAAAAGAGUCAGUGACAGUGACGACUUAAUCAUGACAGAAAACGAGGUCGGCAAGAUCGCCCUCCACAUCGAGAAGGAGAUGUUCAACUUGUUCCGAGUUACAGACAAUCGCUACAAGAGUAAAUAUCGCAGCAUCAUGUUCAACCUCAAGGAUCCCAAAAACCAGGGACUCUUCCAUCGUGUUCUACGUGAAGAAAUCUCUUUGGCAAAACUUGUGAGAAUGAAGCCGGAAGAACUUGUAUCUAAAGAGCUUUCCGUGUGGAAAGAGAGACCGACAAAACCUGUGAUGGAACCCCGCCCUAAACUGCACAAUGAAAGUAAGAAGACUGCUGCAAAGCAGGAGGCGGUUCCUGACAUGGAAGACUCGCCACCAGUGUCGGACUCAGACGAACAGCAAGAGUUAGUGCGAGCCGCCCCUGAGAAAAGCACAGCGCCCCUUCUCGACGUCUUCAGCAGUAUGUUGAAGGACACAACGAGCCAGCACCGGGCACAUCUGUUUGAUCUGAACUGUAAAAUUUGUACAGGUCAGGUUCCAUCAUCAGAAGACGAACCAGCUCCGAAAAAACAAAAGUUGUCGGCUUCUGCUAAGAAGGAAGAGUCAAAAUCCAAGUGUGACGCUUCUCCCUCCGACCUGGUUCUCAGCUCAGCUGAUGAAGUGAUGCCAGACACUCUGCCUGAAAAUGCCUCUGAGCCCGACCUGGAGAGUGCGUCUCAUGCACACCUGGAGAGAAAGUAUUGCCCUGUGCCUCCAGGAGAUGGCCACCCUGAGCCCUCCACCCUGGAAGGCCACUCCUCCUGCCCAGCCUCCAGUGGGGGUGGGGUGCUCACCACGGUCACUGUGUCCGGUCGAGACCCCAGGACUGCACCAAGCGGGUCGUGCACAGUCGCAGUCCCCACAGCAGCCCACCUGGACAGCACCCACCCGGUGGAACCUCGACAAGACGUCCUGAAGCCUGCGGCAACCUCUGUGACGGUGCCCAAGUCCAUACUAGCCAAGCCGUCCUCGUCCCCCGAGCCCAGAUACCUCCUGUCGGUCCCACCCUCACCAGGCAUCAGCAUCUCAGAGUCACGUUCCCCUCCAGAAGGAGAUACAACCCUCUUUUUGUCUCGACUCAGCACCAUUUGGAAAGGAUUUAUUAACAUGCAGAGUGUAGCGAAAUUUGUCACUAAGGCAUAUCCUGUCUCUGGAUGUUUUGAUUAUCUCAGUGAGGACCUGCCGGACACGAUUCACAUCGGUGGAAGGAUUGCACCCAGGACAGUCUGGGAUUAUGUCGGCAAACUCAAGUCUUCCGUGUCUAAGGAGCUGUGUCUGAUCCGCUUUCACCCCGCAACAGAGGAAGAGGAGGUGGCCUAUAUCUCUCUCUACUCCUAUUUUAGCAGCCGUGGCCGCUUCGGCGUUGUAGCUAAUAACAGCAGGCACGUCAAGGACCUCUAUCUGAUCCCACUGAGUGCGAAGGACCCCGUUCCAUCCAAACUCUUGCCCUUUGAGGGACCAGGUCUUGAGUCACCACGUCCAAACAUAAUCCUUGGGUUAGUAAUCUGUCAAAAAAUAAAACGUCCUUCAAAUGCUGGAGAAUUAGACAAGACAGAGGAGAAGCGGACCAGACUGCAGGCACAGGAAGAAAUGGAUGUUUCAGCCUAUCCCAAAAUGCCUCCAGCACAGCCGUCUGAGAAGAAGCCCCCCAAGUAUCAGCUCUGCCCUGGGGAGACCGCUGUCAGCACCACACCCCCGGGCUCACCUCCACCCCCGCCCCCACUGCCAGAACCACCAGUUGCACCAACUUCAUCAUCGGUGUUAAAAAUACUGUCAUCCCUCAAACCAGGAGCCACGAACACUGUCACGGUGUCACCCGCACCAGCGACGGUUACAGCAGCCGCUUCCUCUGUCACUUCCUCUGCUCCGAAAACAGCUUCGCCCCUAGAACAUAUCCUGCAGACUCUCUUUGGAAAGAAGAAAUCAUUUGACCCUCCCACCAAAGAGCCUGUGGAGCCCGCCUCAGCCUCCCACCACGACUCCAGGGCCAAGGCUGAGGGCGGGCUGCCGGCAGCGCCUUUACUAGAUCCAAUCGUCCAGCAGUUUGGUCAGUUCUCAAAGGAGAAAGCUCUGGAGGAAGAGGAAGAUGACAGACCGUAUGACCCUGAAGAGGAGUAUGGACCUGAGCGAGCCUUUGACACUCAGGCCAGCCAGCGAGGAAGACGCCAUGACGGGGAAAGGGCCCCUGAGGCCGCCGAGCGGGAGGAGGUGGCAUACGACCCGGAGGACGAGACGAUCUUAGAAGAAGCCAAAGUGACGAUUGACGACCUGCCCAAUAGAAUGUGUGCAGACGUGAAAGGCAGCUCAACAGAGAGGCCUGCUGAGUAUGCUGCCGACGUCUCAACUCCCUCCUUGGUUGAGCAACAAAAAAUGAUAGAAGAGCUCAAUAAACAGAUCGAGGAGCAGAAGAGACAAGUCGAAGAGCAAGAAGAAGCUCUUCGACAGCAAAGGGCCGCCGUCGGGGUCUCCAUGGCUCACUUCUCCGUGUCAGACGCGCUGAUGUCGCCGCCUCCAAAGUCCUCGCUGCCCAAGGCCGAGCUGUUCCCGCAGGAGCCGCAGGCUACAGGCAAGUCAGCUGUGCUCCCUGCCACCAGUCAGGGAGCGGGCCCAGGCUCUGACCCAAGACAGAGUCGCGACCCCCGGCAGGCCCGGCGAUUAGCUGCCGAGAGCAGCGAGAGUGAGCCGGGCUCAAAGCCCCCAGCCAGCAGUGCACGCAGCGCCCCACCAAUGAGAGACGCGCCCGGAGGGCCCGCUGCCGGCCAGGGUCCUGUGCCGGCUCAGGAAGAAAAGGAGUCGGCUGCUCCGCUGUGGCCUCCAGGUGAAGAGGCUCCCCUCCUGACCAAGCAGGACGGCCCCCAGCGUGAGUCCUCAGAAAGCCCAGGCCAGCAGCCCGUGGAGAGCACUCACCCCACGGCAGGUGGGGAGGGCAUGUCCAGACCUGCCCGGAAGGUGCUGCUGCCCACGCCCCCGAGCACCUCCUUCCAGCCUAACCUCCCUGUGCAGAACGAGGGGCAGAAUUUUAGUUCUCCUGGAGGAAGGGAUCCUUUCUCAAGUGCAGUAUUUACAUCUCAGCAAAAAUCCCUUGGUUCGUCCCCGUAUGAGGAUCCAAGAAAUGCUCAGUUUCCUGAAAAAAGUGACCAUCUGGCAGUUGAAACUGAAGGAGACAGAGAGCCACAGUCCAGACCUGGCGAUGGGACCACCACAUUCCCCACACCUGGGCAGAAAGGGGGGGCCCCUCUGCCCCAGUUUCAGGGCCAGCGUGAGCCCACACCACGCACUUUUGGAAUGUCAGGGCUUCAUGGCCCAAAUUUCCCAGGACCAAGGGGACCAGUCCCUCCGUUUUCAGAAGAGAAUAUCAUUUCCAACAGCGAUGGGCCACGAGGGCCACCGCCAGCCAGAGUCGGGGCCCAGAAGGGGCCUAUUCCUUCCCUCUUCUCAGGGCCACACGGGCCACCUCCCUACGGGGACAGCAGGGGGCCCUCCCCCUCUCACCUUGGUGGGCCCAGAGGAGCAGCACCACCCCAAUUCGAAGAACGCAAGGAUCCCCAUGGGGAAAAAAGGGAAUUCCAAGAUGCCCCGUACAAUGAGAUGGCUGGCCCUCCUGCGCAGUUUGAAGGACCAGAACAAGCCCAGUUCAUGGGAAAUAGAGGCCCAGCACCUUUCCAAUUUGGAGGCCAAAGAAGGCCUCUGCUGUCUCAGUUUAAAGGACCCCGGGGAGGACCUCCUCCCUCUCAGUUUGGAAGUCAGAGAGGACCACCCCCUGGCCAUUUUGUUGGCCCAAGGGGGCCACAUCCUAGUCAGUUUGAAACUGCCCGGGGUCCUCAUCCCAAUCAGUUUGAAGGACCCAGAGGCCAAGCACCGAAUUUCAUGCCAGGGCCCAGGGGGAUUCAGCCUCAGCAGUUUGAGGAACAAAGGGUCAAUUCACCACCGAGAUUUGCAAACCAAAGGGCGCCAGCACCCCUUCAGUUUAGUGGACCAAGGGGCUCUGCGCCUUUUCCUGAAAAAAAUGACCCUGCACCCUCCCGCUUCCACUUCCAGGGCCAGUCUGCACAGGGGAUGAAGCCUGCUCCCCGGCCCCUGCUGGAGCUCCCGAGCCACCCACCACAGCACAGGAAGGACAGGUGGGACGAGGCCGGCCCACCCUCCUCCCUGCCCUCUGGUGGGCCUGGGCAGGGCCCCGAGGCUGAUGCUCAGUGGGCGUCCUCUGACUUCCGAGAGGGCAAAGGCCUCGAAUACAGAAACCAGACUUUUGAAGGGAGGCAGAGGGAGCGAUUUGAAGCUGGGCCCAAAGACAAACCGCUGGAUGAGCCUGAAGCUCAGCUGCCAGAGACUCGGCAGGGCCGGGCCUUCGAAGACCGCCGGCGGGAGCGGGAGCAUGGGAAGCCCUGGGACCGAGAGCGCAGCCGGAACUGGAGCCGGGAACGCGAGUGGGAGAGGGGCCGCGAGUGGGACAGACACCGAGACAAGGACUGUGGCCGGGAGCGGAGUGCCAACAGGGACCGGGAGCGGGAGUCUGAUCGCAGCCGGGAGCGCAGCAGGAACCGGGACCGGGAGCGGGACCGGAGACGGGACCGGGAGCGCGAGCGGUCUCGCAGCAGAGACCGGGACCGCGAAAAGGCCCGUGAGCGUGAGCGGGGCCGAGACCGCAAGGACCGCAGCAAAAGCAAGGAGAGCACUCGGGACCUGAAGGCCGAGGCCCCGCGGGCCGACCCCGCCGCCCAGACCUAGGCCGGUGAGGGGGCUGCGACAGGGGCCUGGGCUCCCUCGUCCUUGCCUGUGUGUCGCAGCAGGCAGCAGCCUCUGUAAAAGCCACGCUCAUAAAAUGUGUUCAACAAAUCGUCUUUGAAAUAGCUAUAAACUUAGAUGCAGAAUAGAAUAUUCUGGACUUCAAAAAUUACUGUAGUUUUGUGUAUAAUGGUUUCUUACAAAAUUUCACAUCUUUACAAUUCUGAUGCUUUUUUAAAAAAACUAAGAACUCAUUUAAUGUUUCCAUUUAAAAUUACUAAAAUGGGAAAGUAUCUACAAAAGCAUAUUGCUUUUUCAGAUUAUAGAGUUAUCUUUUCCAAUAACUUGACUAGUGUAAAUUUUAGGGGAAUUUCAGUGGAGCUCAGAGCCAUAUCUUUGCUGACGUCUCCUGUCUUUCUGUGCUCCAAAAGCUGUUGGUCCAGGUCUGACAGGCUCUCCCAAAGGGCAGUGUGCUGUGGCUGUGGGAGAACCAUGUCAGCUCGUCCCUGGAAUGGUGAGAAACACAAAACUUACAAAUGCUUUUUUCUUUUGCCAUAAAUUUGAAUGACAAAUUUCAUCCAGGAAACAAAACACAUUUCUUAGUUUUGUUCCGUUUUUAUUAUCACCUCAUACAUUUUUUUCAAAAACAUGAUUAAAAGCAACAUCUGCUAGAAUAGAAAUUGUUGCAUUUUAAAUAACAAUUUAUUGAAAGAAGUUCAAAUUUUACCAGCCUAAAGAAAGUGAGGAAAUAAACCAAUUAAGUGUACUUUAAAAGGCGGGGGUGGGUUUCUUUGAUCUGAAUAUCAGGACCGUGUUCUUGGAGCUCCACCAUCUCAGCACUUCUUCCUGUGUCCCGGGAAAGCGCACAGCUCCAGACCGUUCUAUGUGUCAGGUGGUAAAUUUUAAAGUUUGUCAUUGAAAAUGGAACAAUAUUUGUAUAAAGUGAGAUGAAAAAUAGUGAUAUUAGUUCAAGAACUACAAACUAGAAAGCUUUUCACUGUGAAAUGCAGUGCACUGCUUCUUGUCAUGUAUUUUUCAAGUACUUCUGAAGUGUGAAAUAGAGAAAACCUUGCUAAUUUAUUUGACUGUACAAAUACACUUUGAUAAUUUUUUUAUAUUUUCAUAAACUUACUUUUACAAAUGUAAAAUUAGAGAAUUUCAUUUGUUGUUUGGAGUCUAUUAUUCCAUCGUACAUCACUACAGAUUUUUCACUUCCUAGCACAAAUGUUUAAGUUAUGAAACGAGAACGUAGCAAUUUGGGAUGAUCGGUUUAUAAAGCCAGUGUCAGUAGGUUAAAUUACAUUAAGGUGGUGGCAAGUCCCAACAUUUAAUAUGAUGUGAAGGUUUUUUACAUGUAAAACAAAUUUUUCUAAUUUAAAUACACAAAUGUAAAAAUCAAGUGUGUUUCUUUAGUUUUACUUGAUAGAAAUUUCUGUAAAUUGUAUUUUAUAUUGCAAAGUAUAUCACUGUACAUUAAAACGUGGAACUUCAUAGGUUUUGUUACUUGAAGUAGAAUAAACAUCUACGGAAGGUUGUC